CCGUGUGUGCUGCAGUCGGCCUGCCUACUUGUCUGCCUCAAGCCUGUCGGGAGUUAGAAGAGGGAGAAACCUUCCAGGGAAAGCGAGGCGGGGCGAGGUAUUUGCGUGUGUCCCUACUCCGAACCACUCAAACCGGACAUAGACUCCAAUUCGAGCACCCCCACCCGAUGCGGCUUUGGGGCACGACUUUUCUACGCGGUGCAAAUUGCAGAUGAUGCUCUGCUACCGAGCCCAAAGAAACUUACGUGAUUGUAUUUUUUUCGUGCCGUGGUAGCGCGAGGCUACCCUGGGAGUUGUGAGGAUCUACUGUUUGGAAUAGGAUUGCGCAUCGCCAACCAACCCGCUAAGAAGGGAGAUUAUCAAUGAAGAACUAAGCAACUGGACGAGUCCACUGUUGUAACCCUCCCGCUUCUCGACAAGCACUUUAAAACACAUUAUUUUACCAGCAAGUGGAGAUGUCUUCGCCGAGGUUUAAAAAAGAUAAAGAAAUCAUCGCAGACUACGAGAGUCAAGUGAAAGAGAUCCGGACCCAGUUAGUGGAGCAGCAGAAAUGCAUGGACCAACAGACGGACAUGAGGGUCCAGCUGUUGCAGGACCUUCAGGAUUUCUUCAGGAAGAAGGCUGAGAUUGAGAUGGAAUACUCCAGAAACCUUGAGAAACUGGCUGAACGCUUCAUGGCCAAGACUCGAAGCACAAAGGACCACCAACAAUACAAAAAAGACCAAAAUCUGCUGUCCCCUGUCAACUGUUGGUACCUGCUGCUCAACCAGGUGAGGAGGGAGAGUAAGGACCACGCCACUCUCAGUGACAUCUACCUGAACAAUGUCAUCAUGAGGUUUAUGCAGAUUAGCGAGGACUCCACGCGUCUACUUAAGAAGAGCAAGGAAAUAGCAUUUCAGCUCCAGGAAGACUUAAUGAAGGUCCUUAAUGAGCUAUACACGGUGAUGAAGACUUACCACAUGUAUCACUCAGAAAGCAUUAGUGCGGAAAGCAAACUGAAGGAGGCAGAAAAGCAAGAGGAAAAGCAGAUCGGUAGGGCAGAUCCAGUUUUCAGCAUCCGCACGGAAGACAAAUACCAGAAGCGCAACUCUGUGAAGAAAAUUGAGAAGAUGAAGGAGAAGCGUCAAGCCAAGUACUCAGAGAACAAGAUGAAGUCGAUCAAAGCACGAAAUGAGUACCUUCUGACACUGGAAGCCACCAACUCAUCUGUUUUCAAGUACUACAUUCAUGACCUGUCAGACCUAAUUGAUUGCUGUGAUUUGGGAUACCACGCCAGUUUGAAUCGAGCCCUGCGGACGUACCUGUCAGCUGAAUACAACCUGGAGACGUCUCGCCAUGAGGGUCUUGACAUAAUUGAAAACGCGGUAGACAGCUUGGACCCAAGAAGCGACAGGCAAAGGUUUAUGGAGAUGUUCCCUACGGCCUUCUGUCCGCCUGCGAAAUUUGAGUUUCAGCCUCACAUGGGAGAUGAGGUGGGCCAGAUCUCAAUUCAGCCACCAGUGAAUGGAGAGCUAAUACUGAGGUUCCAGCAGCUGCAGUCUCGCCUGUCUACUCUGAAGAUUGAAAAUGAAGAGGUGAAAAAAACAUCGGAGGCCACUCUCACCACCAUUCAGGACAUGGUGACCAUUGAAGAUUAUGACGUUUCGGAGUGCUUCCAUCACAGUAGAUCCACUGAGUCGGUCAGGUCCACUGUGUCAGAGACAUACCUCAGCAAGCCGAGCAUUGCGAAGAGGAGGGCCAACCAGCAGGAGACCGAGCAGUUCUACUUCAUGAAAUUUCGUGAGUUUCUGGAGGGCAGCAAUCUCAUCUCCAAACUCCAGGCCAAACAUGAUUUGCUGAAGAGGACGCUUGGUGAAGGGCACAGAGCUGACUACAUGACCACAAGACAUCCCAAUGGCCUGUACAAAACCCACACAGGCACCAGGCGGGCUAGACCCCGCUCUGUUUUUAAUGUUAGGUUAUUUAAUGGAAAUAUGGAGUCGUAUAUCAAGGAUUCUGGGCAAGCUAUUCCUCGUGUGGUUGAGAGCUGCAUUCGUUACAUAAAUUUAUAUGGCCUCCAGCAUCAGGGAAUAUUUCGGGUAUCUGGUUCUCAGUUGGAAGUCAAUGACAUUAAAAAUUCAUUUGAAAGAGGAAAUGACCCUCUGGUAGAUGAUGAGAAUAAUCAUGACAUCAACUCGGUGGCAGGCGUGCUUAAACUCUACUUCCGCGGCCUGGAGAACCCUCUUUUCCCCAAAGAUAGAUUCAGUGAACUGCUAUCCUGCAUCCGAAUAGAAAAUCUAUACGACAGAGCACUGUACAUCCGCAAGAUCCUCCUGACCAUUCCCCGAUCAGUCCUUGUUGUGAUGCGCUACCUCUUUGCCUUUCUCAACCACCUAUCUCAAUAUAGUGACGAGAACAUGAUGGAUCCAUACAACUUAGCCAUUUGCUUUGGCCCGACGCUCAUGCCUACUCCAGAGAGCCAGGACCAGGUCUCCUGCCAGACCCACGUCAACGAGAUCAUCAAGACCAUCAUUAUUCACAAUGAGACAAUCUUUCCUGAUACCAAAGAACUGGAUGGUCCAAUCUAUGAGAAGUGUAUGGCAGGAGGAGAUUAUUGUGAGAGCCCCUACAGUGAGCACGGAGUACUGGAGGAGGUGGACAAUGAAGUAGGCACAGAGACGCACACCAGUGAGGAUGAGGGUGAGCCUAUUGAAGCCAUUGCCAAGUUUGAUUACGUCGGGCGCUCUUCCAGAGAGUUGUCCUUCAAGAAGGGUGCCUCACUGCUGCUCUACCAGCGAGCGUCAGAAGACUGGUGGGAGGGGCGGCACAACGGCAUCGACGGCCUGGUGCCGCACCAAUAUAUUGUGGUCCAGGACAUAGAUGACAACUUCUCGGACACGCUGAGCCAGAAGGCUGACAGUGAGGCUAGCAGCGGCCAUGCCGCGGAGGAUAAAUGCUCAGGGAAAGACAUCAGUUCACCCACUGACAGCAGGAUCUCUGAGGCCUUCAUCACCAGCAGGCACAGAAAACGAUCAGACCCACCGUCCCGCCACCCCCCUGCACGCCCCAACGACAGCCACUGCAUGAUGCACUCCUCCCAGCAAGGUCAUCCUAGACACGGAGGCACGCCCGAGAUGGGCUCCCCAGUCCUAGGACACAUCAGUCCACGCGACAUGCUACGGAGCCGUAACCAUUUGCCGGCGGACAGCCCCGAGCGUCUGCGCCGCACCGGCCAUGGCAGUCUGACCAACAUCAGCCGGCACGAGUCCCUGAAGAAGAUGGAAAGCCCGCCCAUUCGUCGCUCCACCUCAUCGGGCCAGUACACGGGCUUUAGCGAGGCUCACCUCCACCACCACCAUCACCACCACCACCACGGCGGCAAGCCCCUGGACCCGGAGACCAUCGCUCAGGACAUCGAAGAAACCAUGAACACUGCUCUGAACGAGCUGCGGGAAUUGGAGCGCCAGAGCUCAGUCAAGCACGCCCCCGACGUGGUACUGGACACGCUGGAGCAGAGGCAAGCCGUGAGCGGGGGCGGGGGUCCCACGCCGGACAGCUCCAGGGAGUCCCUGGGCCACCCCAUCCACGGCGUCAUGCUGAGGUCCACCGCCAACACGGAGCCGCCAUUCCGCCGCAGCGCCGGCUCAACCAGCGACAGCAUGAGCACCUUCAAACCCGCCGUGAUGCCUCGCAUGGGCGUGCAGCUUAAGCCGCCCGCUUUGAGACCCAAACCGAUGGUACUUCCAAAGUCCAGUCAGGUAUCGCAGCCUCCUCCGACGUUGCCUCAGGAUCCUCUGGACAAAUCCUGCACCAUGUAACAUUUGGGAUGCAAAAGAACCAGCGACUUCCACAACAGAUACUUUAGGUUCCCCAACACCGGCCUUUCAGAGUGUAAAGUAUAGUCACAGCCUUGAAGUUUGAAAAAAUAGAGUUGUAAUUAAAGGUCUUAGCGCAGUGUGUUAAGAAUGAACUUGAACAACAAAUCACAAAAGCUUCCCAUAGUCCCACAUAAAGUGUGCACUAGUUAGGUUAGCGGUUGUAAGGUGGAUACACCAUGGUGCAUGUAACGUUUUUCAGUCAGGCUCGAAACCAGGCGGGCGCAAUGUUGUCUUUUUACCUAGCCCUAGUUGCCAUUGUGACGCUGGUGUGAUGAGGACUGAAGUGCUGCUUGACCUGAUUGACUUUGCGGUUCUCUGUUCAGAAAUGAAUCGGUGAUGUGCAGUGCAACAGACGUCAUCUGGUGUGUGGUUUUGCUUUUGGACAAUUCGAGAAAACCAUUGCAUCUCCAUAUGUUUUGCAUAGAUGCCAUCUAAAGUAAGCAUUACUCCUAGAAAGCGGGUGAACAGUUGGAUGUGCAUUCUAAUGUUUAGAGGAGGUCAAAUCCAGUUCACUAAUCUAGGCUAUUGUGGAUUCUAGCUUCAUCCUGAAAUGUCUCCCGUUCAUCGAUUAUUGCUAGUAGUGUAUAUGAAAUGCCAAUGUGAUGUGGAAUGCAAAUUUGUAUCUUAGUUGGCAUUCAUAUCUGAAGACAAAUUGAAGCAUGGCAGUGGACGUUCAGAAGGACACACGAUAUGUACACACAGGAGUGCCAUGUGGG